AGAGAAUUAAGUCCUCUAAACUUAGAACCACCACACCACAAAACCACCCAAUUGUCUCACAAGCAACACUACACUCUUCCUCUCUCAAAAAACAAUUAUGAAGCCACCAUUCCUCUUCUUUCUCCUCCUCUUCAUCACCUUCACUAGCAACACCCACUUAAUCUCUUCCCAAUCCUCAUCUCCGCCACCCGAACCACUGCAAAAGAGACCGGAUAACGAGACCAUAUACAAAAUCUCCAAGCAACUAUGCUUAGGUUGCAUUGGAGAGUCAUUACAAUUCUUAUUUGCACAUAAUUUAGUUAGGGCAGCAAAAUGGGAGCUACCGUUGAUGUGGGAUUUUCAGCUAGAGAAAUAUGCAAGAUGGUGGGCUGGGCUAAGAAAAGCAGAUUGCCAAUUGGUCCAUUCUUUUCCAGAAGGGGACUUCAAGUUAGGAGAAAAUAUAUAUUGGGGCAGUGGGAACACGUGGACACCACGUGAUGCUGUUAGUGCAUGGGCUAGUGAAGAAAAAUACUAUAGUUACGAAACAAAUAGUUGUGUUGAAGGAGAAAUGUGUGGGCAUUAUACACAGAUUGUUUGGAAAAGUACUAGGAGAAUUGGCUGUGCUAGAGUUGUUUGUGAUGAUGGAGAUGUGUUUAUGACUUGUAAUUAUGAUCCUCCUGGUAAUUAUAUUGGUGAAAGGCCCUACUAAUUAAUUAAUUUUAUACUAUAAUUAAGUUUAAUUAGGUAGUUUGUGUCUUGGUAGUGGAAGUUAGAAAUAGUUUUGGAUUGUAAUUAGUGUGACUUUUGUAUCUUAAUUACUUAGAUUAAUUGCCUAAUGUAUAUAUAUAGAGUUAGUAAGGCAGAUAUUAUAAUGUUAGGUGUCACUUGUUAAAAUUAUUAUUAUUAGUUUAUUUAAUUAUUUU